AUAAAUAAGACGUCAACGGGCCGGGAACCAGCCUCGGGGCCUGACGGGAUUGUGGCGGUCCUCUCUCCCAACUCGGAAGCCGCCACUGCCUCCAGACGCUCUCAAGAUGGCGACUUCUCUGGGUUCCAACACCUACAACAGGCAGAACUGGGAGGAUGCGGACUUCCCCAUUCUGUGCCAGACAUGUCUUGGAGAAAACCCAUAUAUUCGAAUGACCAAAGAAAAGUAUGGGAAGGAAUGCAAAAUCUGUGCCAGGCCAUUCACAGUAUUUCGCUGGUGCCCCGGUGUCCGCAUGCGUUUCAAGAAGACUGAAGUGUGCCAAACCUGCAGUAAAUUGAAGAAUGUCUGUCAGACCUGCCUCUUGGACCUAGAAUAUGGCCUGCCCAUCCAGGUUCGGGAUGCAGGAUUGUCUUUUAAGGAUGAUAUGCCAAAGUCAGAUGUCAACAAAGAAUACUACACACAGAAUAUGGAGAGAGAGAUUUCCAACUCUGACGGAACACGGCCAGUUGGCAUGUUGGGGAAAGCCACAUCCACCAGUGACAUGCUACUCAAACUAGCCCGGACCACACCCUACUACAAAAGGAAUCGACCCCACAUUUGCUCCUUCUGGGUAAAAGGAGAAUGUAAGAGAGGAGAGGAGUGUCCAUACAGGCAUGAGAAGCCAACAGAUCCGGAUGACCCCCUUGCUGAUCAGAACAUUAAAGACCGAUAUUAUGGGAUCAAUGACCCUGUGGCAGAUAAGCUUCUAAAGCGGGCUUCAACAAUGCCUCGUCUGGACCCCCCAGAGGACAAGACUAUCACCACGCUGUAUGUUGGUGGUCUGGGCGAUACCAUUACUGAGACCGAUCUAAGAAAUCACUUCUACCAGUUUGGGGAGAUCCGGACGAUCACCGUCGUACAGAGACAGCAGUGUGCGUUCAUCCAGUUUGCCACGAGGCAGGCUGCAGAGGUGGCUGCGGAGAAGUCCUUUAAUAAGUUGAUUGUCAAUGGCCGUAGACUCAACGUGAAAUGGGGAAGGUCCCAAGCAGCCAGAGGAAAAGAAAAAGAGAAGGAUGGAACCACAGACUCUGGGAUCAAGCUAGAGCCCGUUCCAGGACUGCCAGGAGCUCUUCCGCCUCCUCCUGCAGCCGAAGAAGAAGCCUCUGCCAACUACUUCAACCUACCCCCAAGUGGUCCUCCAGCCGUGGUGAACAUAGCCCUGCCGCCACCCCCUGGUAUUGCCCCGCCCCCACCCCCAGGUUUUGGGCCACACAUGUUCCACCCAAUGGGACCACCCCCUCCUUUCAUGAGGGCUCCAGGACCAAUCCACUAUCCUUCUCAGGACCCUCAGAGGAUGGGAGCUCAUGCUGGGAAACACAGCAGUCCCUAGCACACUAUCAGCACGCCAGGGCUUUACGGAAGAAAGGGCGUUUAAAAAUCCCAGUAAAUGAAUCUUGGAAUAAAUAUAUUUUUUCCUUCCUUUGUAGUUUCCGUGGUAGCUGAAUGUGUUCAGAUGUGGGCAGUCGGAGAACGACAGCCAUGCUUUCCUACUCGUGUUCCAAGGAUUGAUGGACCUCAAAUAAGCUGCCAUUAACACAUCUGGUUACUACUAUAACAUUGCUAGUAAAACUCAAUGCCUGUUCUCCUUACUUGUAUGGCGAACAAGCGACUGGGUGAAUUGGAAUGUCUAACGGAGUUACCAUCCCAAUUAUAUAUUCAUUUUGUAUCUUUUUUGGGGGGGAAAAAUUGACCUGCGGUAAGAUCUUUUUGACCAUUUUUAUGUCCAUUGGGUACUUUUCCUUUUUAUCAUCUGAGAAAAGAUUACUAGUACUAAUCAUUGUAGUGGCAUGAGUGUGAUGUAACACUUCGGAAGUCACGUUCUCAAGGAGACAAGUAGAAGCCAGCACCCAGCACAGCCCAGAUCCUUCCUUACCUCUCCUCUCCUCAUUUAUUACUAAAGGCAUCUGGCGGCUAGUUUCACUUCUCUGCCCUGCUAAAACAAGAUGAAAACAAAAACCGCUUUUUAGUCCUAUCAGUCGGAUGGAAACACCGAUGUGGAGCUCUGUGUUGUUGAAGAAAUCUGGCGUCUGGGAUGAAAUGAUUUUAAAGAGCUUCCCGUAAGCCAUGUGAACAAACUGUGAAGUGAAAGUGGCGGCGUGCGUCGGGCUGGAAGGCUGUGGCCCGCAGCUGGGACUGUCCUCUAGCAUUCACCCUCGUGUGUCUUCAGCGUCUCUCUCCUCGUACUCCCCUGCUGCUGGGCAGAGGACUCUGUUUGGUCUUAGAAUGUUUGGAUAUAACUGAAUUGUAGACGGCAAAAGUAAUUUGAUGUUGUGUUGUGUGUUUUUGUUUUUAAAAAAUUAAAACGGGUCAAUUUUCCAAACGUUGUCAUAGGCUUAUUUCUAGAUUUUUGUGCUUUGUCCUUUGGUAGCUCACCUUGAGGUCAGUGGCAGUUAGAAUCAAAUUAUGUAUAAAUGUAAGUUUUUGGCUUUAGACUGUUCCGAUUUUUAUCUCUGUAUCCAUUCUAGGAUGGGAAAACGGCCCAGGCCUUUUUCGUAAGUGCUUGUGGUUAGUUGUGAGGUUGGAAUAAGAGAAUGCACAGAAGGCACUUGGCACGGAGCUGCCGGGAGGUGGUUGACAAAUGGUAGCUUUAAAAAGUCACUGCCAUAUUAUCCAAGUCACUUUAAAGAGAAACAAGCAAAAAUUAUCCAAAAGUCUAUUUUUCCUGAAGCCAAUUCCAUGUCACUUGGGUAAACUAUGUAUUUCUGGGAUGAACAUAGCCCAUAGGACCCUUUUUUAACUUCUCUGGAGAAAAUUGUUUUUUCCUCUAGAGAGCUUCCUCUGGGUUGCUUGCUUUUUUUUAUUUUUAAUUUUGUUUUUUAAAUAUUUCAAAAUUAAUCUAGAAGGACUUAGAAAAUUUGAUUUAAUUUCUAAUAAUACCAAAUGUGAAUCGGUGAGGGUACUUCCAAGUAUUUUGACACCGUUUGGGGUAGGGUUUGUUUCUGUUUUGGGCCUACUUUUGAACCUGUAAAAGAUUUUUAGCCAAUUUGUGAAUAAGAUGUGGAUUACGUGUAGUGUUUUAAUAAUGCCAAGUUUGAUUAUUUAUAUCUGUACAUAUAUAUGUAUGUAAAUAUGACUCCAAUUGUAUAUUCUUUUCGAGAAGGAGGGGAUUCUAAAUUUUCUGCACUCUCUGGCUGUGGAUACAUUUUUUUUUUGAAAAGCAUAAUAUGCCAGCAUAAGUUGAAGUGUAGAAGCGAUGCUGUCUUUCUUGAGUAAAUCAGAAUUAAGAGCGAUUGGCUUUUGACAAAAACUCUUAGGUACUUAACCAACUCCGUUUCCUUUUCCUCCAGGGCACACAGCUGGGGGUGCACUUGGUGAAAAGUAACCUUUGCCAUUCCCAGACCAGGUCUGUAAAAACAUCUCACCCAAUCCCAUGAAUUCUUUUCCCAUCUGGCUAAAGACACAGGAGGAGGAUCCCUCCUCUGGAGGGAGGAAGAUGGCAGAGUCACAAUGGAAGGAGCCUGGGUUCCUUAUCACUGCUUUGAGGAGGAGAGCGUUAUGAUGGGGGGGAUUUUUGUUACAGUAAAGUGUUGAGACCUGGGGAUUUAUCUGUUACAGCAGCUAGUGUUACUCGAGUAACAGAGCUGUAGUUGAAUCUCACCACAAAAAAAGAAAAACCCCAUUUUUGUUGAUAACGAGUGAUGGUUUAAACAGACUCUGGAGCCAGAUGAUCUGCAUUCAGAUCCUCACUUCAGCACCUCCCAGCUGUGUGCCCUUGGGCACAUUACUUAACCUCUGUCUCCUGGUCAUAAUGCCUCUCCUCCCAACCCUUCUCGUUGCCUGUGGUAUUUUGGGCUGCUCCCCUCACGGAGGAGGCUCAGAAGGCACUGCAUCAUGACAACGAAAUUAAGGCAGUGACUGCCCAUGGGGCAAAGAGUGAUGUGACAGAUGUUUUAGACAAGUCAGCGAGCCACCACUGUAACCUGAAAUAAAUGGAAAUAGAAGAGUCAAGGAUGACACCCCCCGCCCCCCCCCCCCCUCAGGUCCCUGGGUUAGUCAGAUGGGUGGAAGGGUGCCUUUUCCUGACCGAGAAUGAUGGUUAGGGGAGGACAGUGAGGUUGGGAUGUAGGGGUAGGAAAAUGAGUCCAAUGUGGGGGUUGGUAAGUUUAACUGGAAGACCUAUGGAACUUCCCAGCCCAAAGGGAAUUGGAGCUAAAGAAAGACCCCAAGAUUUGGGAGUUGGCAAUGAAGUAGCAUUUGAAGCUCUGUGUGUGGAGUGAAAUCCUGCAGGAUAGGGAUAUAGAACACGAGUUCUUAAACUUCAGUAUUUAAGUUCCUGCACUGGGUCUACACAAGUUGGUGAGGCAAAGACCACCCUCCAAGAAACACUAAUAUGAGAUGAAAUGGUUUUCUGAGAUUAGAAGAAGCUACCCUCCUCAGAGAUCCUGAAGUCUUUGUAUUCUCCCUAACAUUUUAUUAUAAAAAUUUUCUAACAUACAGAAAGGUUGGAUUUUACAGUGAGCAGUCACAUAUCUACUAACCAGAUCUACAAUUAACAUUUGGCCAUAUUUGCUUCAACACAUACCUGUCUAUUCCUCCAUCAAUCUGUUUUUUAUGCAUUUCAGAGUAGACUGAAAACAGCAUACUUCACCUUGAAGCACUUAAGCAUUUAUAUAAUGAACUUGAGUUCAAUAUUUGUAGAUUUUCUAGGUAAAAUUUAUACAGAUCGAAAUGCACAUAUCUUGAAUAUGCUACUCAAGAAUUUUGACGUUGUAUCCAUCUAUGUGACCCAAAUCCCUGUCAAGAUGUAGAAUAUUACCAUCAUUCCAGAAAAAUGUCCCCUGUUCUCCCUAGUCAAUACCCUGGCUCCAUCAAUCUCCAGAGGCAACUACUGUUCUGAUUUUUUUCACCAUAAAUUAGUUUUACUUAUUUUAGAACUUUACAUAAAUGGAAUCAUGCAUUGUGAACUCCUUGUAUUUGGCUUCUUAACAACAUGAUGUUUUGGAGGGUCAUCCAGGAUGUGUAUAAUUCCUUCUUAUUGUUGAGUAGCAUUCCACUGUAUGAUUAUACCAUCACUUACCUUCCGUUGUAUGAUUUAUACCAUCACUUACCUAUCAACUUUUUGCUAUCAUGAAUUAAAGCUGCUUUGGAUAUCCUUGUA